AUGACGAAGCUGGGCAAGAAGAAUGAGCUGGGAAACCUUCCGGCCAAGUUCGUCAAGAGACUCGAGGUGACAUCGAUCGGACGUCAACCGUCCAACCCUGGCGCUUCUUCCCAAGCAAAGGACCGAGGAGGCACUUCCGGUUCCAGCUCUUCAGCCGGCCGCGGUGGCUCUUCCGGUGGCACUACUCCUUCUCGUGGCCGCGGCGGCAUUCAUGACAGAUUAAGAAGCACAAAGCCAGAGAUUUUCCACGGGUUGAAGUGA